AGAAGUUUUAUAUUGCAGUCUUUUAAGAGUUGACCUCACCCGUGUUAGUGCAUGGAUGAUUGUUAUCUCUUUUCUAAUGCUUUAUUGGUCCGUCUCUGUCGAUGUAAAAUUGAGCAGAAUAUUUUCUUUCAUUCAUAAGUAUGUGAUUCCGUCUUGAUGACAGUUUGAGAUAUGGGAUGUGACACAGACCGUGAAAGAGCUGUCGUUUUUUGGGAUCUGUCUCUCCUAACAUGAUUUCAGCAUCAACAUGAACGCUGCAAAUAUUUUGUUACUUCUGUUACUGUUGUAUCCCAGUACAUUGUGUGAGCAGCUCUCCCAGCUCUCCCUGCUUGCCCUGCUACAGAAAUACUGUGAGGCUCUCUCCGCACUCUACAAUGUCACAGGUUUGUAUUGCAAUGCCACAACUGAUGAGAUUGGAACAUGUUGGCCAAGGAGCAACACCGGACGGAUGAUGGAGAGACCCUGUCCAGAGUACAUCAACGGGGUGAAGUACAACACCACAAGGAGUGCUUACAGAGAAUGCAUGGAUAAUGGAACGUGGGCUCUGAAGAGCAACUACUCCAGUUGUGAACCCAUUUUGGAGGAGAAGAGGAAAUACCCAAUGCACUAUAAGAUUGCUCUGAUCAUCAACUACCUCGGCCACUGUAUUUCUGUGGGAGCUCUUGUCAUAGCCUUCGUUCUCUUCUUAUGCUUAAGGAGCAUACGAUGUCUUCGAAACAUAAUCCACUGGAAUUUGAUAACAACCUUCAUUUUGAGGAAUGUUAUGUGGUUCCUACUUCAGUUGAUUGAUCACAAUAUACAUGAGAGCAAUGAGCCUUGGUGUCGUCUUAUAACGACUAUAUAUAACUAUUUUGUGGUGACCAAUUUUUUCUGGAUGUUUGUUGAAGGAUGCUACCUUCACACAGCCAUUGUGAUGACUUAUUCAACAGACAAGCUAAAGAAAUGGGUCUUCUUGUUCAUUGGCUGGUGCAUUCCAUGUCCUAUAAUUGUUGCUUGGGCCAUUGGGAAGCUUUACAAUGAAAAUGAACAAUGCUGGUUUGGGAAAGAACCUGGAAAGUAUAUUGACUACAUUUAUCAAGGGCCGGUCAUCCUUGUUCUUUUGAUAAACUUCGUUUUCCUCUUCAACAUAGUAAGAAUUCUCAUGACCAAGCUGAGAGCUUCUACCACAUCAGAAACCGUACAGUACAGAAAAGCGGUCAAAGCGACGUUAGUGUUACUGCCUCUGCUGGGGAUCACCUACAUGCUAUUUUUUGUUAAUCCCGGGGAGGACGACAUCUCGCAAAUAGUUUUUAUUUAUUUCAAUUCAUUUCUACAAUCAUUUCAGGGGUUCUUUGUUUCAGUAUUCUACUGCUUUCUAAAUGGCGAAGUGCGCUCAGCCGCCAGGAAAAGAUGGCAUCGUUGGCAGGACAACCAUGCCCUGAGAGUGCGUGUGGCACGUGCCAUGUCCAUCCCCACGUCACCCACCAGGAUCAGCUUCCACAGUAUAAAACAGACCACAGCUGUUUGACCUAGAUCGCCGAGUUCAAAGGUCGCCUUUGGAAACGUCCCUUUUCUAGGGAAGACACUUGUCUUAAGGCAUCUCUCCAUAAAUGUUGUCCAUUUGCUUUAUUUAUUUUCCCCUCUGCAUAAAGAAAGACAGAGCACUUUGAGAAAGAGACCAUUAGGAUUUCCAGAUUAUAAUACCGUAACAUGACGUCCUAGGACGUCACACAGGAGUCAGGACCAUUCAAAACAGAUGGGCAAGGUUGCCUCUCCAAAUAAACAUUGUGAAGUAAUUGCAGAGUCUAAGUUGUACUGCCAUUGCAUCAAGAACUGUUAUCAUACUAUAGUACAUCAGGUUAUAUUUUAAUAGGUCAGGAAGGUUGACCUUUCAAGGCCCCGUGCUGGAUGCUGAUGAGGCAAAACAAAAUCAGUGUUAGUGUCAAAAGAGACCCUAAUCACUCCCAGCACUGUACUGUACUAGUGGUAUUUAUAUCCAUAACCCUUCAUUAUUUGAUAUCUAUGAGAGGGUAGAGAUCAUUUAAGCAGGAUUGUGCUUUAACAGUGCGGGCACGGGAUGCAAUUGCAUUCUGUGUCUGUUGCACACCAAGUUUGAGAUGAGAUUAGAGAGAUGUAAUUAUACUGUUAAAUAAGGAAGUGAUACUCUUUGGUUUGUCAUCAGCACUACUUUUAUGAGUUGUCAAAAUGUCACCCUAAGAGCUUUUCAUUUGUAUAAAUGUUUUAAGGCUAAUUUAUUUUCAGAUUGUUCCUUGCCAAUCACUCUCUAACUCUUUUGAACAGCAUAACGUCAAUGAUGUGUUUUUCUCACUUCUGUAUAAAAAACCCUAAGGCUACUCUAAAUAAAUCAAAGCUAUCUUUCACUGGGUUCGAGUUCAUACUAUAUCCAUUAUCUAAUGCAAAUAAUGGAGAUGGGACUGUGAUUCAGAUACAGUGGGGCAAAAAAGUAUUUAGUCAGCCACCAAUUUUGCAAGUUCUCCCACUUAAAAAGAUGAGAGAGGCCUGUCAUUUUCAUCAUAGGCACACUUCAAC